AACAUCCCGUGACGUCACAUGUACACAAACCAAACUUCCUUAUCGUUUCAGUCUCAGGUCAUUCGUUCUGCGUCAGAGGCAGCUCACCGUGUCCGUGGUCGCUGCCACGGGUGUGACGGUUCCGCGUGUCUCUCGGUCUUUGGUUCUGGUUCCGGUUCGGGGCAUGGAGGCGGCGGAGAGCAUCAACGCAGACGGUCGGUGCACGGACAGGCGCAACUGGGCCGGGUUCUGGAUUCUUGGGCUGUGCAACAACUUUGCCUAUGUGGUCAUGCUGAGCGCCGCUCAUGACAUCCUGACCAAGGAAGAGUCUAGGAACGCCACCAUCUCUGCCCCCGUUUCGUUGGUUGCCACCUCUGGAGUUGGAAACAGCAGCAAUGGAACAAACUAUGACUGUAAUCCUGUCACCACCGGGGCUGUGCUGCUGGCUGACAUCCUCCCAACACUCAUCAUCAAGUUCAUAGCCCCGGUUUUCAUCCACAAAGUGCCUUAUGGAUUCCGAGUGUUGGCCUGCGUCCUCGUGACGGUAGUGAGCUUCCUGCUGGUGUCCUUUUCCUCUGCAAUGUGGCAAAGCAUUCUGGGAGUGGUCUUUGCUAGUCUUGGUGCAGGACUGGGAGAGCUGUCCUUCCUCUCGCUGUCUGUUUUCUUCAAAAGGAACGUCUUGGAGGGGUGGGGCUCAGGAACCGGAGGUGCUGGAGUGGCUGGGGCCCUCCUCUAUUCGGGCCUCAUCCAGGCUGGCCUGUCCCCCCGGGUGACCGUGCUGGUCAUGCUGGUGGUCCCGGUUUCCAUGCUCAUCAGCUACUUGUAUCUGCUGGUUCCUCCACCUUCUCUGCCCCAGUGGAGCAGGAAUGAGAUCCCAUAUGCAGCUGUGGGCUCCGAGGAGGAGCAGGGGCUGACGGAGGAGUCCGAGGAGGAGGAGGAGGAGGAGGAGGAGGAGAGAGCACCAGCAGUGCACGGAAGCUCGGGAUCUUUCAUCUGGAGGGAGAAGAGGCAGGUCAUCAAAGGCUUGCUGAAGUUCAUGUGUCCACUGGCGCUGGUCUACUUUGCUGAGUACUUCAUCAACCAGGGUUUGCUGGAACUCCUGUUUUUUCCAAACUUUUUCCUCUCUCAUGCCGAUCAGUAUCGCUGGUACCAGACGAUCUACCAGUUCGGUGUGUUUGCUUCUCGAUCCUCUCUUCACUGUGUGAAGAUCCGGAGAGUCUGGAUCCUGACUCUGCUGCAGGUGGUGAACGCCGUCUUUCUGCUGCUCGCCGUCACGUUCCAGUUCCUGCCCAGCGCCUGGCUGCUGUUUGUCAUCAUCUUCUACGAGGGGCUGCUGGGGGGGGCUGCUUACGUCAACACCUUCCACUUCAUCAGCAAGGAGACUGAAAGCAGACACAGAGAGUUCGCCAUGGCGGCGUCCAGCGUGGGAGACAGCUUCGGCAUCGCUCUGGCUGCACUGGCAGCUUUUUUUGUCCACCAAUACUUCUGCUCUCUGUGACGACGCCGUCUGAGCAGAACAACCAGCGGUCAGUGUGAGAAGGAACAGACCCCCACAACCACGGGGACUCGUCAAACUGACUAGAGAGGGACCUGUGUGAGCCGCGGAAACACUGCAGCCAAUCAGGGAAGCAGGACGACAAAAGUGAUCCAGACGGGGGUUAGAAAUGCCAAAAGACCAAAGAAGAUGUAUUGAUUGGUUUGCAGAUUUUUGGGAAAUCUAAUGGCUAAAGUUUUAGACUGACUAACCACAAAGUCCUUUACACCUGAAGUCAUUUGUCUCAGGCUCAUCAACUUCUAUACAUUUAAAACUAAGCAUUGAGUAAAAAAAAACAUUUUUCUCUCUGUUUGCAUUAAGGCCAAAAGGAAACAAUUGCACUUUCUGUUUGAAGCUAGUUUAAAAUAAGAGGGUCCAGGUCGGACCGGGUCAGACCGGGUCAGCUGCAGGUCAGCUCCGCUGUUUGACUGACAGGUGUCCGUCAAGUCCUCAGUUUUCGAGCCUCCUUAGGAUGUGGUGAGCCAACGCUCAGACCUGUUAAUUCUGACUGUUGACUUCUGUUUACUUGGUAGAAUAACAUCUUAUUCUAAAGAAAUGUCUCAGUGUGGAUCAAAGUCGUGUUUGGGGCGACUGUUGGAACGUCUAACUGAGCGUUUAGAUCAUUCCUGCUGAAAACAUAAACCUGCUUUAACAGGUGAUCUUUAAGGGUUUUGACUGCUGUUUUUAACGUGUUUCUUUCUUUGAUUUUAUUUGAUAAAAAGUUUCUAUUCUUUCUGAGAGAAUAAAUACAGCCAAUAACGGACUUCACAUGUAUCUGCUACUCAUGGUGAUCUUUAUUAAACCCUGAAACUGG